CCAUGCCUACAUAUACCUACCCUCUUCUCUCACUGCUUAAAACCUUUCAUCUUCAAAAACACUGUCAUCAUCACUGUUCAUUCCUAACUCCUCUCACCCUUCAAACAUUUCAAUUCCAGUACAAAAACGUAUCGAGAUCUCCAACAAUACCACCUAAAUAAUACUAUAAAAAUUGAAUGACAUAAAAAAAAAUACUGCUACCAUGUUGUUAGCAUUUAGUAUAUUAUGUUGGUAAUAUAUAAAGGAAGGUUAUAAGUUUAAAAGAGCAGAAGUAAAAGAGUUAGUUCCAACAAAGAACAGUGGUAGUUACUGUGACAGUGAGUGAGAAUGAGAAGGACUAGGUUUUAACUUUUAACCCUUUGGUUUUGGGUUGGAAGCAUAAUAACCUCUCCCAACAAACGAUGUACCAACGUUCUUGUCGGGAGAAACACCGAGAGACCCACCUUUUCUUCCUCCGCUAGCAACCAUGGGAGACUACGAAAGCAGCCACAACCACCACCACAGCAACCACCAACAACAACCGGUGUCAAAAGAAACAGCGUUUCAGGCGCUGAACACCAUAAUCCAGCUUCACUUCGAGAAGACCCUGGAGAAGAAACGGGCCAUAGACCUUCAGAAGAAGGAGCUUCACAAGCUUUUCCAGAUUUUCUUCAUCUUCCUCGCUCUCCUCUUCCUCGCCCAGUCCCAGUCCUCGCGCCUCCAAUGCCGCCACUGCUGGAUCCCCAUCACGCUGCUCUCCAUCGCCCACCUCAUCUUCUACGUCUCCGUCGCGCAGACCCUCCGCUGCAUCAACGGCUUCAAGUACCAGCGCCGCUGCCACAAGCUCACCCUCGGCCUCGCCACCGAGAAGCUCCGGGAGAUCAAGAUCAGGCUCGGCGCCGCCAACGGUGCUGACUACGACGGUGUUGCCGAUGAGGAGUUCGAGAUUCACUACCAGGAACCCCCCGAGAGCUACUUCGGAAAGUUUAAGAGGAAUUGGGCACUUCAUUUUGGGUUCUUGAUCUUGAUCUACGCUUUUAUGAUCUCUUCCUCUGUUGUUCUUUUGUGUUUUUAAUCAAGGGUGCUCUUUUAUUAGUUUAGUGAGAUUGACAGAGAUGUGCCAAAUUAUGGUUCUGGGUAUAGAUUUUGUAUGAUUUGAAUGAUGGAAUUGGUUAUUUCCUCUCAAGUGUUUGCUCUGAAAUCAAAUCCAUUCUCAUUUCAAUCUCUCAUCGUUCCUUAUGCAUGUGUAAUUCUUCUUGUUCUACUUUUAUUUAGACCAAAAGUCAUUUUCUAUUACUGUACCUGUAUCUUUAUAGUAGCCUAUGAGUAUAUUCUAUUCUUAUUCA